GAAAAGACUUGACCGGAAAAAAGCUGUCCCCCGCCACGUCAACGUCACAUCAGCCGCCUGACGUAUUCCGCCACCCAAUCGCCGCUCUUAAAACCCUUCCCUCCGAUCAAUAACUCUGCAAGUCUCUCUGUAAAUCAAAAUCGAGAGUCUAAUCUUCACGAAAUACCUAAUUAAUUCGAUCGAACAAUGGAUAGCGGAGCAAUGACCAAAGGCAACGCCGCCUUCGCCGCCGGCAACUACAGCGACGCCGUGCGCCACUUCACCGACGGCAUCAAUUCCUCCCCCAACAACCACGUCCUCUACUCCAACCGCUCCGCCGCCUACGCCGGCCUCAAUAGAUUCUCCGAAGCCAUUUCCGACGCGCAGAAGACCGUCGAGCUCCGGCCGGUCUGGAGCAAGGGCUACUCGCGUCUCGCGGCGGCGCACAUGGGCCGCCACAACUACGACGACGCCGUUUCAUCCUACAAAAGAGGUCUCCUAAUCGAUCCGUCGAACGAAGCUCUCAUAUCGGGUCUCGCCGACGCCGAAGCAGCUUCCGCCCGGAGCUCCGCCUCUCCGCCGGUCGUGGACUCUGUUCCACAAUUGAAUCUCCUGAAAAUCAAUAAUGAAGAAGAAGAAGACGAUAAAUCAAUUGUAGCAUCAGCUCACAAUGCUCCGAUCGUUUCUUCCUACAACGACAAAAUCAGGCCGCUCCUCGACACAAUCGACCGGCUGCGCCACCUGAAAGUCAUGCAGGAAGGCAUCCAGCUCCCCACCAUCGUCGUCGUCGGCGACCAAUCCUCCGGAAAAUCCAGUGUCCUAGAGUCACUCGCCGGAAUCAGCCUCCCCAGAGGCCAAGGCAUCUGCACCAGGGUACCCCUAAUUAUGCGUCUCCAGAAUCACCCAAACCCUAACCCUGAAAUUUUCCUCGAAUUCAACGGCAAAACAGUCCCCACCGAUGAAGAAAACAUCUCCGACGCAAUUAGCCUCGCCACUGAAGAGAUCGCCGGAAAAGGGAAAGGGAUUUCAAACAAACCCUUAACCCUAGUCGUGAAAAAGAACGGCGUCCCCGAUUUAACCAUGGUUGAUCUGCCCGGUAUAACUCGAGUUCCGGUUCACGGCCAACCCGAUGACAUCUACGAACAAAUCUCCAAAAUAAUCAUGGAGUUUAUCACACCGGAAGAGAGCAUAAUCCUCAAUGUUUUAUCGGCAGGUAUCGAUUUCUCGACCUGUGAGUCUAUAAGAAUGUCUCAGAAAGUUGAUAAAACCGGGCAGAGAACUCUUGCUGUUGUCACGAAAGCUGAUAAAUCCCCCGAAGGAUUGCUCGAGAAGGUCACGGCUGAUGAUGUCAGCAUCGGCCUCGGUUAUGUCUGCGUGAGGAAUCGUAUUGGAGACGAGUCAUACGAGGAGGCUCGGGCGGAAGAAGCUAGGCUUUUCGACACUCACCGCCACCUGUCAAAGAUCAACAAGUCGAUUGUUGGGAUUCCUGUUUUGGCCGAAAGGCUGGUGAAAAUUCAAGCUACCAUUAUUGUCAAAUGUUUGCCUGGAAUUGUUACGAAGAUCAACGAAAAGCUCACUGCCAAUGUCGAAGAGUUGAACAAACUGCCUAAGCAUUUAACCUCUGUUAGUGAAGCAAUGACAACCUUCAUGUACAUUCUUGGCUGUGCUAAAGAAUCGUUGAGAAAGAUACUUAUCCGAGGAGAGUUUGAUGAAUAUCCCGAUGAAAAGGAGAUGCACGGUACUGCUAGAGUUUUCGAAAUGCUCAACAAAUACUCCGAGGAACUUCGAUCUGCAGAAGACACUAAUGGUUCCGAAAAGUUCUUGAUUGACGAGAUAAAGGUUUUGGAGGAGACUAAAGCAAUCGGGCUCCCAAAUUUCCUCCCUAAAGCUGCUUUUCUUACUCUGUUGAAAAAGAAGGUGAAGUCGAUAUCUACAAUACCCUCUGAUUUCACAGACAAAGUAUGGAGUUACGUGGAAAACGUGGUGGUCUCCGUUUUGUUAAGGCAUUCCGUCAACUACCCACAGCUCGUUUCGUCCACAAGAAGAGCCGCGAAAAAACUCAUCGCCAAGAUGAAACAACGAUCAUUCGAUUACGUAAACGACAUUGUGGAGAUGGAGAAGCUCACCGACUACACGUGCAAUCCCGAUUACUCCGCUUCGUGGAGCAAGCUCAUGGCUCACCAAGAAGAUUUCAAGAAAGCCCUCCAGAGGUUCUACAGCGUGUCCUACAUAGGCUCCGGCGUGCUGGAGAAAACCGACGUGGCUCACCUAUACGAGCUAAGGGAGAAGGACAUUGUGCAGGAAGCGUUCGACGUGAAGAUGAGGAUGAUGGCGUAUUGGGAGAUUGUGCUGAGGAGAAUGGUGGAUAAUAUGGCGCUGCAUUUGCUGUUCAACGUGCAGAAGCUGGUGAACAAAGACGUGGAAAUGGAGAUUGUGAAUGAGGUGAUUGGGCCGAAGGGGAACGGGUUGGAGAAUAUACUCGAGGAGUCGCCUUCGGUUGCAGGGAGGCGGCAUAAGCUGAAGAACAGCAUCGAGUUGCUUCGGGAGUCGAAGGAUGUCGUUGCAAAUAUCAUGGACAUGAUUACCGACAAGUUUGAUUACUGAGAUUUUCAAGAAUCGGGUUCUUGAAGUUUGGUUUGCUGCUGCUGCUGCUUAGUUUGUGUUGUGUUUGAAUGUUGAACUGCAUAUUUUGUUGUUUGAAUGUUGGUUCUAAGAUGUGUUUUUCGAUUGGGCCGGGCUUUUUUGUUUAUUACAAUAUGGGAUGUGUUUUGAACAUGGGCCAGGCCGUACUAUAUUACAAAUUCUAAUAGU